GCGUUUCGUUUCAGUUUGUAACGGAAAGCUCAAACCAACGGUCGUGUCGUGAAAAUUGGGCAAAGCUCCGUGUGAAAACGCUGAAAUUCCUCGAACGAAAUUGAUUUGUGCGUGUGUGUCUGUGCUUGCAUUUGAUCUGAAGCAAAAAGUAUUAGAAAAUUGCAAAGAGCAUUUUGGAAUUCGCGGCCACACAUAAAAGGUUUUCCAAGUUGCCAAAAACGUUGUCUGGAAGGGAGCGCGUGUAUCUUAGUGUCAUUGUGUUUGUGUCUCUGUGUGUGUGUGUGUGUGUGAAAAAUCCGCCCUUAACAGCAGCCAGAGCCAUCAAGGAUCCCGAAGCUAAGCCAAGUCAAACUUUGAAACCACGGCGCGACUUGAACCACCCGAGCGUUGAUGGCUGCCACCAAAAUCAUCGAUGCACCGCGCAACGGCCACGAGAUGGCGCCACUGAACACACGGGCACGGGGCGAUGGCACCCACGGGGUGACCAUCGUCCUGACCGCCCCGCAGCGCAACUCGGUGCAGUCGGUGGACAUACCGGGCGGAGACCCCGAGCGUGCCGCCUGGAGCGGCAAGAUGCAGUUCUUCCUCAGCAUCAUCGGCUACUCGGUGGGCCUGGGCAACAUCUGGCGCUUUCCCUACCUGUGCCAACAGAACGGCGGCGGUGCAUUCCUGAUACCGUUCAUGAUUAUGCUGAUACUGGAGGGCAUUCCGCUCUUCCUCAUCGAACUGGGCAUGGGACAACGCAUGCGGCUGGGUGCCCUGGGUGUGUGGAACACCAUCCAUCCUUGGCUGGGCGGCAUCGGCAUUUCCUCCUGCAUCGUGACGCUCUUCGUGGCCCUCUACUACAACGUAAUCAUCACGUGGGUCUUCUUCUAUCUCUUCAACAGUUUUCGGUACCCACUGCCCUGGUCCAGCUGUCCGACCAAUGGCACUGGCUUUGUGCUUGAGGAGUGCGCCAAGUCGUCGGAGACAACGUACUUCUGGUACCGCACCACCCUGGAUGCCGCUCCCUCGAUGGAUGAGCCCGGCGGCCUCAAGUGGUGGAUUGUGCUCUGCCUGAUGCUCUCCUGGACCAUUGUCUUCUUCAUCGUGAUGAAGGGCAUCCAGAGCUCCGGCAAGGUGGUCUACUUCACCUCCCUCUUCCCCUACAUCGUCCUCACCAUAUUCUUCAUCCGCGGCAUAACCCUGCGGGGCGCCGGCGCCGGCCUGAUGCACAUGUACACGCCGAAGGUGGAGAAGCUGCUGGAGCCGACGGUGUGGCUGGACGCGGCCACCCAGGUGUUCUACUCGUUCGGCCUGGCCUUUGGCUCGCUGAUAGCCUUCGGCAGCUACAACACUCCGAAGAACAACUGCGUCCGCGAUGUCCUGCUGGUGUCCGUUUGCAAUGCGGUCACCGCCAUCUACGCGAGUGUCGUAAUUUUCGCCAUUCUCGGCUUCAAGGCCACCAUGAACGUGGAUCGCUGUGUGGCAAGCAACACGGAUAUUCUCGUGAAGCAUUCGUUUCUGGAGAACAAGAAUGCGACGACUCUGGAGUACGAGCAUGCGAUGGACAGGCUGAACGAUACGGAGAAGACCCUGUUCCAGCUGAGCGAGUGCACCCUGUCCAAGGAGCUGGAUAAUGCUGCCGAGGGAACGGGCCUGGCCUUCAUUGUGUUCACCCAGGCGAUUGUGGAGCUGCCGGGCGCACCCUUCUGGGCGGUGCUCUUCUUCACGAUGCUGCUGUCGCUGGGACUGGGCUCGCAGAUCGGCAUCUUGGAGGGCAUGCUGUGCACCCUCUUCGACAUAGACAUUAUCAAGCGGGUUAAGAAGCAGCACGUCACCGGCGUGGUGUGUCUAUUCUGCUUUACUGUCGGUUUCAUAUUCUGCACAGGUGCCGGGGAGUAUUGGCUCAAGAUGUUCGACUCUUUUGCCGGCACCAUUGGCCUGGUGGUGGUGGCCCUAAUGGAGAUGAUUGCCGUUAUCUUUAUCUACGGACACGAGCGCUUCACUGAGGACAUCUAUCAGAUGACUGGCUACAGGCCCGGACUCUACUGGCAGCUCACAUGGCGCUACAUUGGUCCCUUCAUCAUGGUCUGCAUUCUCGCCUCGUCUGUCGUCUUUAUGGUCAUCCGAAAUCCCACAUACGGAGCCUGGAAUGCAGAAUUGGGUAUGGUGGAGCAGAAGGAAUAUCCCCGCUGGGUCAUGGGCAUUGCCCUCUCGAUGAUCCUCGCCGGCGUGCUGCCCAUGCCCAUUGUGUUCCUCAUGCGCAGCUUCCAGUGCCUGAAGGUGGACCUGGACAUACACCAGGGCUCGAUUCGACGCAAUGAGACGACCGCCUCAACCAAGGAGAUGAUUGACAAUGACGACGAUGACGAUGACGAUGAGAACGAUUUCAGCGGACCCGCCCUGGGCGGCCACGUCAAGACCCAGAGCGACGGCGACUUCUCCGACGACGACGAGGAGGACAAGCCCAUGACCAUGCGGAUGAUGAUGAUGCGUCCAACGACAACAUCGAACGUGUUGAAUGUGCCAACAAGCAGAAAGCAAAACUACAGCAAAAAGGAUGCCUACGAUGUGUAGAGACAGUUGCAGUGUUUCAGGAGACAGAACGAACACAAUGGCAAGUGAAAUAUUAAUUAAACUGAGUGAACGAAGGAGAGGCAAGAGUCGAGAGUUGAGCAGGAACCGUGCCGAGCUGAGCGCAAACAUUUAUAAAUAUUUACUCUAAGUAUUUUAACAUAAUUUAAUGCUAAACUAAGAAACAGAAAGAAUAAACUGAAGAGUUAAUUGAAUUCGAGUUUGAGUGCGUAACUAAAAUUGUUGAAACGUAUUUUAAACACAAAUUAAAGAACUAAAACUAAACCUAAACCUAAACCAAACAAACUAACUAUUUACGAGUACAAUGAGCUGCUGCAGGACAAAGUUAAAGUGAAAGAAAAACAUGGAGAAGGAGAACAGACAGAAAGGAAAACAAUUAACUUAAAUGGGUUGCUAAAAGUUUCGAUUUGAUUAUGUAGCAUUUAGUUGGAAUGCUUAAAGCUUUACCAUUAGACAGACACUCAAACUGAAAGUAUUUCUGGUUUCCCAGAUAACCUUCCCCCUUCCCCACAAAACCACAACCCAUCCCCUCUUACCGCUCUUUAAUGGAAGAGUAGCAAACGCUUCUUAGUAGUCGACUUAGGCCAGCGCAUUUCCAAAGAGUUUAACUCGACAUUUAGUUUAGUAGAGAUUUACCCUCUGUUAUUAUUUGGACUUCAAGUGGAGUGCAUGCGAAGACCCAAACUAUAAAUCUAAUCUAGCAACGGAGUUACACACAAAGUUUAAUGUUAAUUCAAACAAGUUACACCCCUAUAAGAACCUUUCGAAGCUCCAACUGCGUUGAGCGAGAGAUACAAGUACAUAAAUUAUUAAUACUUAUUGAACACAAAGAUACAUGGAAUAUGUGAUAUUCUGAAUAAUAUCCUCGAACUUUAGUCUAAGCGAGAAACCUUAACGAUUUCACUUAGCUGUUAAGACUCUUCGAUAUCCCAUGCCCUAAAACCUUCUACAUACCCCAUACCCAAUCCCACUUGCAGCCACACACCAUAUCUGUUCUCUCAACUCUAUCCACCCACUCCUCCCGCGCUCUUCUGAUGGAGCCACCCAAGUGUAUUUUCCUAUAUUGUACCAACAGAAACAAAACGAGAAAACAAAAUGAGAAAAAUAAACUGCUGUGAAUAGAUUUAGUGGUGGUAAAGCUCUACUGAAGAUGGAAGGGAAACCAUAAAGCUAAUGUUUAACUAGUUCUUAAGCGGCACAGCACACUCCACUCCACUCCACUUCAGUUCACUCCGAGGUACACCCAUUCCCAAUUCCCAAUUAGGUUUCCGCAACAUGGCAAUCCUAAUGCAGAAGUAUUUAAUCAUAGCACACCAUUCCUCCACAUCCCUCCUAACUUUCUCUUGAUUCGGUAAAGAAGAAUUAAAGUCAGCAAAAAGAAUACAGAAUACAGAUUAAAGAUUAAUGAUAACUGAUCAAAAUACAUGGAAUUCGAAGUACCCAAACAGCUUGAAGAUGUUGAAGACAAUAAGACAAUUAUAGAAAUAUACUUACAGGAUGGCCUCGUCGCGUUUAGGGAGAUACGAGAGAUACAGCCCAUAGCAGAGCAGCAAUUGUAGCCAGAUCAAAGAAACUGCUCAUUAACAUUAAAUAGAAAAUCAAAUACAAAACAGUCAGCAUUCUCCGCACCUUCACAUCCUGAUAUCCUCGCAAUCGCAAUAGACACCGAAACCAAAUACCAAAUACCAUAAAAUAGCAAGCCUAAGUGUAUAGUUUAAUUGUUUACUAUUGCCACUAUAUAUACAUGCAUGACCCUAUGAGUACUAUUAUACAUACAUACAUACUUAUAUACUACUGUAUACAGUAUAACAACCUAUAUACAUAGCUCUACCAUAAUUAUUGUAUAUCAAUUAUUGUCGUAGUGCUAAAGAUCCGAGCGAAAUUGUCGCAACGGACUCGUGUAAAUUUCGAUUGUAUUAAAACGAAACAAAACCCAAACACACACACACACACACACACUGCAAAAUGAGAUGAAUGAAUACUUAUAUAUUGUAAACAGUUAUUAUACCGUAUGCAGGAAAUUAUGAUUAUGAUUAAUAAAGAUAUUUCAAGAUUAGUGCGUUAAGUUGAAAGAAGAGCAA